CGUCGAGGUGCUGAAGAUCCGCGACGACUGGUUCCGCGGCUGGACGGAGUAUUUCCCGCCUGGGACGGAUUUCAUCUAUACCCUCAACCUGCGCAAUACGUCCCAUGCGUGGGUGAACGCAAUGCAGGAGGCUUCUGCCGCGAUGGAGGCGCUGGGCGAGUCGCUUGCGUUGUUUGAGUUGGGGAAUGAGAUCGACCAUUAUAUUAGUAAAGGGUGGAGGGAUGAUAGUUGGGGAACGAGCGAGUAUACGCGCCAGUGGAAGCGUCUGACGGGGCAGAUCCUCGCGUCGGAUUUCUACAAGCAAGCGAGUCAUCAGCCGCUGUUCCAGGCCGCGGUGUUUGCGGACCCCCCGUGGGUGCCGGACCAACACGACGAGAUCGACGACUUUGACAUUAUAAACGCCACGAAGGCGGGCCUCGUCGAUCCUGAGAUCAUCAGCGGGUAUGCCGUGCAUCUGUAUCCCCAGUCUACCUGCGACGAAGUCCGUCGGGCAAGACUGUCACUGGACCUCCUGUCGAACCACCAGGUAGUCUGGACGAACGUGUCGCAAUUCAUUCCCCAGCAGGAGGCGGCUGAAAAGGCCCAUGCUCCGCUCAUCCUGGGGGAGACAAAUUCCGCCUCGUGCAGCGGACAAAGCGGCAUCAGCGACACCUUUGGCGCGGCGCUCUGGACGACGGAUUAUGUCUUGACUGCGGCGAGCAUCGGUAUCGAGCAGGUGUAUUUCCACCUGGGCCACCAGAGCGAAUACUCGGCGUUUACUCCGCUGGCGUAUGGGUAUGAGGGUGAGAGCUUGACGGCCGGUGUUCGGGCAAACGUUUACUCGCAUCUUUUCCUGGCGCACGUCCUGGCCACCAAAGACAACAAACCCCAACAGAUCAGCGCGCUGCCCUCGGCCAACUCCUCCAACUUCAGCGGAUACGCUAUUUUUGAAGAAGGCAAGCACAAGCACAAGAACCCCAAGCUCGAGAAGCUGGUAUUCGUAGACAUGGGCGUGUGGAAUGCGAGCGUCGGUCUCUCUAAUCCGUCCACCUUGUCCGCCACCGACAGCACGUCUGUGUCUCCAGGACAGCGUCCGAGCAGAGACGUCCGCGUUCAAACGUCGUGGCCACCAGGAGCCGAGUUGCGUUUUAUCAGACUCCAAGGCCCGGGGACGAAUGCAAAGAGCGAGGUCGAUGUGUCGGGGGUGAGUCUGGAUCCGGAAUCUGGGGAGCCGGUGGGCGAGCUACACGCGGAGAAAGGGGUUGUUCGACAUGGAGGGAUUGUGGAUGUGUCGUUGCGUCAGGCAGAAGCUGUUCUGAUUCAGCUUGCAUAGCGGCAAGCUGGUAUAUUGUGGAUAUGGUAUUUGGUUUGAUGGCUGCCGAGAGAGGCUUUGCU